UGACGUCGCCGCCUCCGCACUCGGCGCCGCCACUAGGAUUCGGCUCGGAGCUGCUGCAAGCUCCCCGUUGUGACAGUCCUAAGUGGCUUUUCGUACAAACUUUUUCUUCGACUCUUGGACGUGUCGGAAGGAGCGAGAGGGCGCUUUCGCUGUUUUGUCCAUGCCCGGGAGUGUCCUGGGAAGGAGAAGAAGACAUUGCUGGUUCCCUUGACUGUCCCUCAGGAUGAGUGAGGCCGAGAGUCAGUUCUACAGCGUUCAGGUGGGAGACUCCACCUUUACCGUGCUCAAUCGCUACCAGCAGCUCCGAGCCAUUGGUUCCGGGGCCCAGGGCAUCGUUUGCUCUGCCCUAGAUACAGUCUUGGGCAUCUCUGUGGCAGUGAAAAAGCUGUGUCGGCCCUUCCAAAACCAGACGCAUGCCAAACGUGCAUACAGGGAGCUGGUGUUGCUAAAAUGCGUCAACCACAAAAAUAUUAUCCGUUUGAUCAAUGUGUUCACACCUCAGAAGUCCCUAGAGGAAUUCCAAGAUCUAUAUUUGGUGAUGGAGCUGAUGGAUGCCAGCCUGUGCCAGGUGAUCCACAUGGACCUGGACCAUGAGAGAAUGUCUUACCUGCUUUAUCAAAUUCUCUGUGGCAUCAGACACCUGCACUCUGCUGGUAUCAUUCACAGGGACUUGAAGCCCAGUAACAUUGUGGUGAAGUCAGAUUGCACACUGAAGAUCUUGGACUUUGGCCUGGCUCGGACGGCGUGCACCAACUUCAUGAUGACCCCAUAUGUGGUGACCAGAUACUACAGGGCACCGGAGGUCAUUCUGGGCAUGAAAUAUAAGGAGAAUGUGGACAUCUGGUCUGUGGGGUGCAUCAUGGGGGAGAUGGUAAAAGGCAGCGUCAUCUUCCAAGGCACCGACCACAUCGAUCAGUGGAACAAAGUAAUUGAGGUUCUGGGCACGCCGAGUAUGGAGUUUAUGAACCGUCUGAUGGAGACGGUCAGAAACUACGUGAUAAACAAGCCACAGUAUCCAGGUGUCAGCUUUGCAGAGCUGUUCCCCGACUGGGCCUUUCCCUCGGACUCAGAACAUGACAAGCUCAAGACGGGUCAAGCUCGAGACUUGCUGUCCAAAAUGCUGGUCAUCGACCCCGAGUGCCGUAUCUCCGUGGAGGAAGCCCUCAAUCAUCCCUACAUUCACAUGUGGUACGACCCCGCUGAGGCCAACGCGCCUCCUCCCCAAAUUUCUGACAAGCAGCUCGAAGAGAGAGAGCACAGCAUUGAGCAGUGGAAAGAGCUUAUUUACGAAGAAGUGAUAGACUGGGAGGAACGGAACAAGAAUGGUGUUAUGAAAGAGGAUUGCUCAGAUGUGGUGUCCAGUUCGGCCUCGCAGUCGUCUUCAGCCAAUGACAUCUCAUCUAUGUCCACAGAGCACACGGUGGCCUCGGACACAGACAGUAGCAGCAUCGACACGCUCACGGGGCCACUGGAUGAGAGUCAGUGAAUGCAACUGGUCUUCCUCCCUUUACCCCGCCGUCCUCACAAUCUUAGGAUCCGUUCACAUCCAAAUGACAUUUAUUUUGUCAUUCAAAUUGAUGCUCUUAUUUAUCCUCCUAAUUUCCGAAACCUGUUUUCGGCUGCUGCUUAGAGAUCAAAAUGUUGUGCUAUGCGACUCGUUACCUUUCUACCUUGGUGGAUGAUGCAUGCAUUGAUUUACCAGGAGCACAUGUGGUGCGGAGGCCCGUGUUGUGGUUUGUUCAAUAUAGUUGUAUUUUCAUAGUUUUAUUUUUGUAGCAGAUAUUAUGUUGGGAAAAAAACAAAACUAAAAGAGGUCAUCAACUUGCACUAUGCAGUGCAAGUGCACCGAAUGUAGACCACAACUGUUGUCAUGCAUGUCAAGAAUAACAAAAGCUUCACGUUGAUGUUAAGACGUUGGUGAUCAACUCAGCCAGAGGUUGAUCCCUCGAUUCUUUAGCCGGCUCGCAAUCUUCUUUCGGCACACACAGCAAAAUGCAUUUGACCGGAGUUGUGUAUUGAGUAUUUACCCCUGACAGCAUGGCAAAGCUGGCAUUGCAUUCUUUUAUUCCAUCAUGUAAUAUACUGUAUGUAAAGGUGCGUGCACACGUUGUGGUUGUAGACGGGAUUAAUCGCAAAUAGUGUGUUUUCUUCAGAAACUCUUUGUGCCUGUGGAGAUGUACAUUAUCACACUCACCUACCAUAAUACGUUACUACUCUUCUAGAGAAGAUUAGUGUGUACAAACAGCGACGUUAUAUCCUGCAAACUUGGGAAGAGCUGCGUGUUUGUUUGUUUGUUUGUUUUUGUGUUCUUGCAAAAUCUUGCACUUGUUGAGGGCCAUGUGAUCAUUUUAUUGUCAUGAACCAGCGCACGCGUGACUCCUUUCCAUUCCGUGACAUAACAUCAUCGUUUUGAAAGAAAUGUGGAGUAAGUCCUACAGCUUGGCACACCGCAAAGAGGCAAACUUUGGAUAUGGACUUUGAAGCUUUAUUCAGAAAUGGACUCACUUGAGGAUUAACUGGUGAUGCUGUACAAUAUUCUUCUGUUUCAAAAUGCAACCCUUCACUCUCAUCCAUUUGUUGUUUGAACCGACAACCGGCCAGCUCACGUUUUCCACAAUGUUUUGUAUUUGUCAUGUGUUAUUGGAUUCUAAACACCUGCGCACAUCAUUUUCGUUGCUUGUUCUGUGCGAUCCUUUUGAUUGCAGUAUCAUUCAGGAGCCCGUUCUCAGGAGAAUCUAGUAGGAUUUCACACUAACUCGAAGUACUGGGGGGGAUUGUUAUGGGGUUUUGAAAAGUUACAUUUUUUUCAUGAAUGUUAAAAAAAAAAAAAAAAAAAUGCUGCUCCCUAGUCCAAGUUACCACUGAAAAUAUCUGCUUCAGCAGGGUGUGUCAUCAUCACUUAUGAUUUUCGACUAAAUUCUCAUGAGAACGUGACAUAUUCGGCUAAUGUAGCUCAUGCUGUUGACAAACGCGAUUAGGUUUCAUUUCUGCAUUUUCAGAUUCCUCUUUCAUGAUUCAUGAAGAACUCAUUGUACGUCAUGGAAACCUUUCCCAAAAGAGGAAAGGGAAUGUUCUGUCUAGGGAUACAUAAACUACUAUACCACA